UGGAUGGCAGUGGUCGGGUCAGUGGUAUAUUUCCUAAAGGUGUUGAUAUAAAAAAUUCCAUAAAAGAAAUAAAAAAAGAGUCAUGGAAGAUUAUAUAUAUUAUAGAAUUUUCGGAUAUGCUGCAACUAUAAUAAUGCAUCUCUCAAACAUAUAUUUUAUGGCGAAAGGAAUAAAGAAAGAACAUUUGGAUGAUCCGGUGCUAAAAUCUUUUAGUAAUUUACAGGCCAGAUACUUCACCUGUUGGACAUUUGGUCUACAAAUCAUCUACGCGGUAAUUGGUCUUAUCUGUGAUUUUUCAACUUUAAGAAACAAGAAAAAUAUAAGCUACAAACUACCAAAACAUUUAAAAGGCUUGAGAGAUACAUUAUUCGCUGCGAUUAUUUGGCCCUCAACUUUUCUUGUUUUCACAGUAUUUUGGUCGUUAUUCCUUUACAAUAGGGAUCUCAUUCUUCCGGCAAGUAUAGACAAAGUGCUGACCCCGAUAUCUAACCACGUGAUACACACAGCUAUAGUGCCAGUUGUGCUUUGGGAACUUCUGUUUCGACCGAGGCUCGAACCCAAGUCACAUUUAAGAUAUGUCGCGCAUAGUGUGUUUCAUCUUUUUGUUUAUUUACUAGUAUUAACGUACACAUAUUUAGAACGAGGUAUGUGGAUCUAUCCAGUAUUAACAAAGGCCUAUGGAACAAUUUACUUUCCGAUUAUUUGUGCUGUUAUGUUAUUUAUUAAGAUAUUCUCAUACUUCAUGCAAUGGAAAUUAAAUAAUAUUGUACAUGGAAAAUAUAUAAAUAAGAAACCACUAUGAUAUUAUUUCCCAAUAUAAAGAUUUAUUAUGUUGGUAAUUCGAAGUUUUUCCUCGAAUAGGUGGAAGAGUAAUGGAGUGAUUUCGUAAACAGGGUAAUGGUUAAAUAUGUGAUGUAUGAAUAUAUAACUGAAUGUACAUUUUGAUAUAUUAUGCUUGUGUAAAUUAAAAGAAGUAAAUACAUAUAUGUAUAUAUACGUGAAAUUAAAAAUUUUAAGUAACGAUAAAAACUUGAUUGUUUUUUACUUAUUAUUGUAUAUUGUUAAAAUCUGAUCAAAUAAUAAUUUAGUAAUAAAAUUAUAUAUUUUGUAGUAUAUA